AUGAUGCAGGCCUCGACUUCAUCUUAUGAGUAUAAUGAAGGAUACGCUCCCCGUCGGGGCCACGCUUCACAAUUUUCUAUCAGCGACGAUAGCCAACAUGUUACGGAAACCAUUGGCUACAUGUAUGGCGAUGAUUACGACAAAAGGGAUUCGAAGCGACUAAGCUACAACCCCUCCUCCAUGGCCGAAACUCUUUCUGUUACCUCCCCGCAUCGCGAAAAUCCCCCACAGUCGUCUGAUUCGAACAAUAACCAACGCUCGCUUCCUAUCAGGACCAGUUCAAUCGACAGGUCGACUACAAAUGGCCCUGGUCGCCAGUCGACGACGGAGCCGGGCUCAAGUGAUCGAGAUAUUACAGGCCAACGCUCGCCCGUCCUAACCCGCUCUCCCUCGACAGCCACCUCGAAAUCUAUUCCACUCAAUGACCUAGACUAUGACUCAAACCCUGCUGCUGCUGUUGCCCAGGAACUCACGAACCUCGCCGCUCUUCGCAGAAUGUCAAUGGAUGUGGGGGCCGCCGACCCGGAUCUCCCAUUGUUCGGCUCUAAUUUCGGUGUCCCCCCAAUUCCCCCUUCUGGCCAGUCUGAUGAUGAUGCAUCGCAGUUGUUUUGGGUCCCCGCGCGCCUGCACCCAGGGCUAGCCCCCAAAGAGUUCAAGAGUUUUCUUAAUGGCAAAGCAGAGCAGAUAAAGCGGAGGUCAGGAGAACUUAAAAUGACCGAUUCCGGACUACAGGUGCAAGGGUCGGCUGGAGGGCUGCGACGGAAGAAAUCCAUGUUGUCCAGACAAAUAGAUACCUCGGGCUCGGAACGGCAAAAUGAAGUAGAUCAGCUUGAGGCAGUAUCGGAGGAGGCUUCUAUCGGGCAGAGGCGAGGGGAAGAUUCAAUGGCUGACGAUCGACCCAUAUUACCUGCUGCGCCCCCUGGCCACAGCCUUCGGAGAUCGACCCGGACAACCUAUCGUAGAGGGAGUUUUAAAACAGGAGAACGGAUCCCGUACUCGAGGCGCGCACUGAGACAAUCCGAUCCUGACGCUGAAGCUGCCACUCGACGGUCACCUCAAUCAGGUGAAGAAGAGCCCCCUAUUCUGGGACUAACUAGAGUUUCGACGGAUCCAACACAUGGAAACGCAUCGAGCUCUUCAAGGUCAACCACCCGGUCUCAACCCAACCUUUCUACUAGCGACCUCUCCAGUUCACCAGAAUUUAGUUCGGAUAAUUUAUCCUCGGGCAAUUCGACCUCGAAUUCACAGACACGGCCAUCAUUAAGUCUUAACGGCGUCUCAAGUUUAGAGACAUCCACGACAUCCCAGAACCUCCAUCAAAUCAUACAACCCCCACCAGCAGUCGUGAAAGAAUCUCCAGCUACCGUCACUGUCUCCGUACCAAACCACAUUCCCGUACGGAAAUCUUCGCACGACCCACCCCCUUCUCAACCUCCACAAGUACCCCUCCCUCCAGAGCCAAUUGGAAGCAGGGCCUCCAAAAGAGCCGGAAUUAUUCGGCCGGCAAAAGAAAGUCCCCAGACAAUUGACGACAUUGCUUCCCACCCAUCAGCGCUUCCCGGUAACAACACACGAACGGAUACGCUCUCAUUCAUCCCGACAUCAACGGACAGCUCUUAUAGGAGGUCGGAUUCGAAGAAGGGGAAAGAUAAAAAGGAUGGAGAUGGUGGCCGAAAAUCAAGUUGGACUUGGCUCCGAGGAUCGGAGGAAAAAGAUAAGGACAAGAAAAAAGAGGACGAGUCCAAAAAAUCUAAGGGAAGAAUGCCCAAAAUAACCGAGAAGAUGCACGACAACACCCGCCUAGAUCUUUUGCAGGCAUCUAUCGACGGGACUCAAAGAGGUAGAGAGAGCAUCGUUGUCGACCGUGCGGAGGUUAGAUUAGAAGACGAACGCAGGAAAGAUACUGCAAAGAGAGCCGCUGGUAGUGAGUCAAAGAAGGAGAAAGAACCAAGCCUAUUCUCUUCUAUAUUUGGUAGCAAGAAGAAGGGAAGUCUUGACCACAGCCAAAAGAAACAUUCGUCGAGGGCACUUUCACCCGAGCCGCUACGACGGGAGCUCAAACCCGAUAUCGAUUACAACUGGACCAGGUUUCCAAUUUCCAAGGAAAGGGAAAUCUACCGCUAUGCUCAUUGGAAACUCGCAGAACCAAAACGCGCGCUACAUUCGCAAGUUCUGCUAAGUAAUUUCAUGUAUUCAUAUCUCGCCAAGGUACAACAGAUGCAUCCUACAUUAAGUAUCUCUGCUCCACAAGCUCAACAUCGGAAGAGAGAGCAUUCACAGUCCGAGGACCAUUCCCAACAACACCGACAUCAAAGCCGGGAGCAUGAUCAUUACAACAAUGGACCGUACUAUAACGAAUCCCAUUAUGACUAUGAUGGCGAUGGCCGAGAUGAUCAGCAAUGGUCCCCAUCUGGAGGACGUGGGCACUCUCAAAAUGGCUCCGCGCACGGAUCGAACCAUCGGCCGCAAUAUGGAACGUCGCGAUCCUCGUUUGGUGACGAGGCACAACUUGACGAUGAUGAUGACAUGUGGUGA